AUGGCAGGGGAGAACCCAGAGGCCGACAUCUUCCGCUACUGUUUUCCCAGCGGAGCUCCUCCUUCAAGCACUCCGACAACGACCACGGUGUCGGACACAGCGACACCGGCACCGACCCGCGCUCAAUCGAGAUCCAAGCGUCAGAGGCCGGACCAUCAUCAGCGCCCGCACCCUCCUCGAGGACACAACUUCGCGACCUACCAGCCGAUGUACACCAGCCCUCAGGACCAGAAGAUGAUGGCCAUCACCAAGCUCCUGCUUCAGCACGAAGAUCGCAUCAACUGCCUCAGCCUGGACCGCGGCCUGGUGAUGUUUUUGAAGGAGGACACCCACAGUGUUCUUCCGGCGAUGAUGCGAGCAGCCCGAGAGUGGAACGCUCGCAAAGAUCAGGGCGACGAUCGCCUUGUCUCGCCACUUCGGACCGUGCUCCUGGCGAACCUCAUCAAGGAGUUACAGCAGCGACUGCAGCACGUCGUGGCCACCCAGGAGGGGAGGGAUUCCUUGCGGAAAGCCAAAUGGCUGGCAGAGAAUGGGGACUGGCACUACAUGAAGUGGUGCAGGAAGACCAAAACUCUCAUCCCAAACGAGGACCGGACACCGCUGCAACAUACCGAGGCUGUGAGAGUGCUGAGCUUUCUCUACGAGAAUCUGAAGUACGACAUCAUUCAGAACUUCAAAAGCACUCAACGGCUCCAGCACUUGGAGGAUCAGAACCGCACCUCGGCCACGUUUCUGCUGGACAUCUCCUUGAGGGGCUCUCUGGCUCAGGAGGUCUACGAGCACUUCGAGAAGCUGAUCAACUGCUCCCUCACAGGACUCAUCGGAAUGAGUCUGAAAAAGGAGAGCAUGGUUCGGAAGCCAGUGAAUGCUCAAACGUCGGACUCUCAGGAUGCACCACCAAGCACCAUUCGUGUGCAUCAGAUUGCCAUGCCAUCCUUCCGAUUGCAUAAUCCAAAUAACCUUUGCUAUUUGAACGCCGUUAUCUAUAGUCUGUGGGCGGCGGCAGUGCACACAGGCAACAUGUCCGUUUUGCCCCAGGUGCUUAGGGGACAUGCUGACGGGAUUGACUUCAUACACAUUCGCCGUCACCUGGGUUUUCAGCUUCUGGGCUGGCGCCGGCCUGAGCAGCAGCACGAUGCCACUGAGCUGAUAAAUCACCUGCAUCCGAAACUGGCCGCCUCUGUGGUCAAAGGAGUUGUGGAGCUCCGCUAUGCAACGGAUACAGGCAUUGGCAAAACUGUCGAUGCCCCCAUAACACACUGUGUCAUCCUGGUUGUUCCUGUGUAUGCCAGCUCCACGGGGUAUGAUGUUGAGUGGAUGCGCCUUCUGGAAUCAGAGAUGCGAAAAGUCUCGACGGAUCUGCUUACGCUUCUUCGGCUCUACAACACCAUGGAGCAGAGAGUUCGCCUACUGGAGACCAUAGUGGGCAACAUUCGCUGCACAGUGCAAAGCGAGCAGACUCAGACAUUGAUCACAUCCACCACUCUGAUCCGGUGCCCGCUGGACGGAGAACCCUUUCCGCCGCGAGAGAAGAAGAUCGUGGACCCAGAUGGCGACGAAGGAGAAGAUGUGUUUCAAGCAGUUGCAGACCAGCUGCAAGCACAGGACGAGUAUGACGAUGAGGACGCCAUUGAAGUCUACGAGACGUACCAAGACAUUCGACGGAAGAUGCAAGCCAAGAAAAUGGGCCGUGGUUACAAGCAGCCCCCACAGUCUUCUUCGAAGUGGACAUUGACAGGAACGGUGCGUGGGAAGAUCGAGCAGAUGAAGUCACGCAGUCGUUGCCACAUAUGCAAUGAGUACGGGCACUGGAAGCGUGAAUGUCCGAAGAAGAAGGUUGGAGCUGCAACCGGUGCGAGGUCAAGCCGCGCCAGCGACGCAAUGGUCACCGAUCAAGGCGGCGAUCCUGGUUCGUACGAACUGGGACAGGAGCUCUUCUUGCAGGAGGAAGACAUCGACCAGCUGGAGAUCUACUUAGCUGAGCAAGAUGGCAGAGUCGAUGUAGUGCUCGCUGAUCCGAGUGUACAGGGAGACGACGUAGUGACGGGGGAUCUUGAGCAGAGGAUCUUUCAGUUUUUCAAGACAGAGCAGGAUCAGUCUGCAUCCAGCGAGGCAUAUAUGGCAGAUCUUGCGACUCAUGGGGUUCCGGAUACUGCGUGUAGGCGUACUCUUAUUGGUGAGAGUGUCCUGAGUCGCAUGUCUGAAGUACUGGAGAAGGAAGGCCUUAGGGUGAGGUUCGUUGACGAGUGUCAUGAGUUCAAGUUUGAGAACGCGGGGUGCGGUGUCAAGAUGAAGUUACGUGAAACUGAGCGGGGACACUAUGCUAUCCCCUUGGUCGAGGGUAUCGGUGUUGUGCCCAAGUCUGGAGCGACAGAGAACAUGGAAGCCAAGCACUGUUUGGAAACCAUGAGCUACCUCAACAACGAUGUGCCGAUGGAGAUGCAGCAGCCCUUUGUCAGGACACCGUUGAUCGACAGCUUGCUGCAGGAAGUGCAGCCACAACUCGAGGAAGGGCCGAACGAGAUGUCGGCCCAGACGUUGGACCAGAUGUCAGAUCACGACGAAGACGCGCCAGACGGGCUCGUGCACGGGCUAAGCGGCAGAACGAUCUUCAAUGUGGGGAAGUACCAAAAGAUGGCUGCCACCAGCUUCGAGUCCCAUCCAACGACAACCCGUGCUCAAACUCGCCUUCGAACUCUUUCCCGCCAUCGCUGA